AGGGAGUGCUUCGAAUGCGAAAUCUACGGGAGGAAAGGACAUUCCAGACGCUAUUGUACCUGAUAUGAAGGAGAUGAACCCUAAUUUGGAGGAAAGUGAUAUUCCAGAUAAGGCUGAGACUCCGAUCCAGAAAUCAUAUGCGAGUGUUGUUGGCAAUCAAGAAGAUGACCAGAAAUUAUGCUAUAUACCAGCAACUGAGGUAAAUGGGAAUUUUGUGGCUAAACUUACGAAGGAUGAUGUUAUUGAUAUUACAACAUAUUGGGAUGCUACGCUAGUCUGUUGUAUUCUGGGAGCAAACCCUCCAUUGGAGGUGGUGAAAGGCUUUAUUAAUAGGAUCUGGAGUUCCUACUCAAUUGAAGAAGUUUCGUUGCUCAAAGAAGGUCAAUUCAUUGUCUCAUUUAAACGUGUUGAGGACAGGGAUGAAGUUAUUAAGAGGAAGUACUAUUAUUUUGACAAUAAACCUGUCCUAGUCCAGAAAUGGUAUCCAGGGGUGAAGGUUAACAUAGAUCAACGGGAUGAUAUUCCCAUUUGGAUACAACUGCCCGACCUAGAGAUGAAGUACUGGAGCUUGACUGGACUAAGUAAGAUAGGAAGCUUGGUGGGUAAACCUGUCAAACGAGAUAGAGCUACUGCAAGUAAGAGGAAGUAUGCAUAUGCUAGGAUACAGGUAGAGGUAAAAGUUCAACAGGAGUUCCCAUUGAUGGUUCAGUUUAUAGAUGAUGAAGACAGAGUGAAAAGCCAGAGUAUUGUUGGCAAGUGGUUGCAACACCAAUGGAGGGCGAAAACUAAUGAAGAAAUGCUGGAGGAAGUCAAGAUGAUCAAGGGAAGGCUGCAAAGACAAACGGUAGAAGCUGGAUUUGCAGCAGGAUGCUUGUUUAGCCUUGCUGUGGUUGCUUAAUUUGUACUCGUUUUAGUUGAUGUGGUGAAUAAAAAUUGUGUGCAUUU